AUGUCCCAGCUGGUGGAAUGUGUCCCCAAUUUCUCAGAGGGGAACAACCAGGAGGUAAUUGAUGCCAUUUCUCAAGCCAUCUCCCAGACCCCAGGCUGUGUGCUGCUGGAUGUUGACGCUGGACCCUCCACCAACCGCACCGUCUACACUUUCGUGGGGCAGCCAGAGUGUGUGGUCGAGGGAGCCCUCAACGCGGCCCGCACAGCCUCACAACUCAUCGACAUGAGCAAGCACAAGGGAGAGCAUCCUCGUAUGGGUGCUCUGGAUGUUUGUCCCUUCAUCCCGGUGAGGGGCGUCAGCAUGGAUGAGUGUGUGCUUUGUGCUAAGGUCUUUGGCCAGCGGCUGGCAGAGGAGCUGAAUGUACCAGUAUACCUCUAUGGUGAGGCAGCACAGACACCCAGUCGCCAGACCCUGCCGGCGAUCCGGGCUGGAGAGUAUGAGGCCCUGCCUGAGAAGCUCAAGCAGGCCGAGUGGGCGCCUGACUUCGGCCCCAGCUCCUUCGUCCCCAGUUGGGGCGCCACCGUCACAGGUGCCCGGAAGUUCCUCAUUGCCUUCAACAUCAACCUGCUCAGCACCAAGGAACAGGCCCAUCGGAUUGCUCUCAACCUGCGGGAGCAGGGCCGUGGGAAAGACCAGCCAGGACGUCUGAAAAAGGUUCAGGGCAUCGGCUGGUACCUGGACGAGAAGAACCUGGCUCAGGUCUCCACAAACCUCCUGGACUUUGAGGUCACAGCUCUGCACACAGUCUAUGAGGAGACCUGCAGAGAGGCUCAGGAGCUGAAUCUCCCAGUGGUGGGCUCGCAGCUGGUGGGCCUGGUGCCUCUGAAGGCCUUACUGGAUGCCGCAGCCUUCUACUGUGACAAGGAGAAUCUGUUUGUUCUGGAGGAGGAGCACCGGAUACGGCUGGUGGUGAACCGGCUGGGCCUGGAUUCCCUGGCACCCUUCGACCCAAAGGAGAGGAUCAUCGAGUACCUGGUUCCGGCUAGUGGACCCGAAAAGGGCCUGAUGGACAAGUCGCUGCUCAAUUUUGUUCGGGAGGUGGGCGCCCGCUCUGCUGCCCCUGGCGGCGGCUCUGUAGCUGCAGCUGUUGCAGCCCUGGGUGCAGCCCUGGCCUCCAUGGUGGGCCAGAUGACCUACGGGCGGCGUCAGUUUGAUCACCUGGACUCCACCAUGCGGCGCCUGAUCCCACCCUUCCAUGCGGCCUCUGCCCAGCUGAUCCCAUUGGUGGAUGCUGACGCCCAGGCUUUUGCUGCCUGUUUGGAGGCAAUAAAGCUGCCCAAGAACACACCUGAAGAGAGGGACAGGCGUGCAUGUGCUCUUCAGGAGGGCCUGAGACAGGCAGUUUCCGUGCCCCUGAAACUGGCAGAGACUGUGUCCCAGCUAUGGCCGGUGCUGAAGGAGCUGGCCCUAUGUGGGAACCUGGCCUGCUUGUCUGACCUGCAGGUGGCAGCCAAGGCCUUGGAGAUGGGUGUGUUUGGUGCAUACUUCAAUGUGCUCAUCAACUUGAAGGACAUGACUGAUGAUGCAUUUAAACAGAAGAUACGCCAUCGAAUCUCCAGCCUUCUGCAGGAAGCCAAGACGCAGGCUGCACUGGUGCUGGAAAGCCUAGAAGCAAGGACGGAGUGAAGAGGACCCCCCACCCCGCACCCUCUUCCUGCCCACGCCAUGGGCGGUCUAACUUUCAGUGAUCCUCACCUAUCUUAAGUGACCCUUGCUUUGGGGGAAGACUCAGGCAUGACAUCAGCAGGGUCUGGAUGGAGCUCUACACACAGCUGUCUAUGUAGGAUCAGAAGAUGCAACAGAUGUGGCUGGGGUAGGGGGUAGGGCCUGAUUGGGGGCAGUCUCCUGCAGGCAUGCAGCCUGACACUCUCUGUUAACCUGUGGCUUCUAGUAAAUCCUGAGCACAAA